CUGGUCUCCAUCACGUGGGCUUUGUCCACGUUCAGAAGGUCGCUGCCUGAAGUGGACUUCGAUCUCGUGGUCAUCAGCUGGCCGGGUACCGCCCUGAAACAUCUUUGGCGUGGUGGUGAGCUCCUGGUGAGAGCCAUAGCUCUCGGCCUGUUUGCAUCGAUCUACACCCACUGGUUAUUUCUUGUACUGGGCCUGCACUGGGCGGCCAUGCUCGUGUGUCUCUGCAUACCUCUCAUGGCCUCGGUCGACUGGGCCGGCGUCGGCUGCGCGAGACGAACACUCAACGGCGCAAUGACCUCCUUCGUUUACAUUUUCGUCUUCAUCAACACCAGCCCGGAGAAUGCCGUUUUUCGCUACACCUUCUUCUACGUCAUAAUCUUUUUGGAGAACGCCACGCUCAUUACCGUGUGGCUCAUACAGUCCUCUUCGGAUGAACUCUCGGACAACGUCGCUUUUGUGUACGUCGCAGCAUUUGCAUUUGUAACGGCCAUCGCGUCCAUGAUUGUGUAUUACAAAUUCUUCCAC